AUGAUGCGCCCCUUACAGCCAGUGCUCGGAUCUCGGUAGUGGGACAUGCUGGAUAACUGGUCGGUUUGAUAAGAAUCGAGAUGAAGGAAACAAUCGUAUCAGUGCUGGCGCUUCUUGCAGUGGCUUCUAUUCGAUGCUCCGAGCUUGGGAAGGAUGGCUUCAAUUAUUAUAAAGAUUUUUUACGCGCGCGAUCUGAUGAGGCGAUGCUGGAGGGGCCUUCGCCAGGCGAAAGGAUGCUUUAUUUCUACCGCACCCCGCUGCAGCUAUAUCCGGGGCUGCUGCCGGCGAUCGAGCAGGAGUACAGGAAGAGGACCGGCAACGUCUUCAAGAACCACAUGCUGAGUAAAGAAUUACUUGGGCAGGAUGAGAAGAGGAGUUCGAAAACUGCUCUCUCCAUGAUGCUGCAGGGGAAGCAGGAUCCUUACUAUGCGAACACGGGACAUUUUUGUCCUUACGGAAAGUAGCGAGCUCGAGCUGUAGGUAGACUCAAAACUCCACGUGAAGACUUCGUAGAUUUAACAAGAGUAGAUAUUAAUUAAACUAAUUCUGCAUUCCGCGAUGUACAUGUUAUUUGUUUAGGGUUUUAGUAUGCUGAAACUUUUAGCUUUAAAAUAAGACAUGUUACUACAUUAUUCAAUAAAGAAAAAUAUUUAAAAUGUAAAAGUUAUUAGUUCUUAAAGACAUUAAAUUCAGCUGCUGAAAAUAACAGUAAAUGGUUUUUAUCUUUUGUCACAAUUGCCUAAUGCCUAUACUAGAAAUUGGUAAUGAAGCAACGAAUUAUGUAAUUAAUUAUGGUAGAUGGAAUGUCAAUAUCGUAAUUGUUCAAAUUCACGAUAUUACCUAUGAGUAGGGUACCAUCGCUUGUAUUGUAUGUAUAACAAUUAGUUGGCAGUAAUUAUAUUGAUAAAUUAAUAGCAAUUACCUGUAAUUCUACUCUAAUUAUUCAUAUUUAAGAAACAAUCUGUACUGUGUAUUAAGUUAAAACAACUGUUUGUA